UGUGUGUGUGUGUGUGAGAGAGAGAGAGAGAGAGAGAGAGAGAGAGAGGUGUCCAUGUGCUUCCUGUCUACACCCCAUUCACCUCCCCGGGAUCCAGCGGGAUGGAGGUCUGAUCUGAUCUGAUCUGAUCUGCGCUGAAAUAAACUGAGAGAAAGACUCCAGCCCAGAGUUCCUGCUGUCAGACCAGACCGCCUUGCCUGUGACAUCGUCUCUCUCUGGACUCACCGGGCCUGCAUUUUCAUCAAUUUAUUUAUAUUAAUUAUCUUUUUUCUUUUUUUUUUUUCCAUCCCUAACGCUGUUGGAGUGUAUUGUUUAUUUAGGAGAGAAAGGCGUCCAGGGAUGGAGUCGAUGCCCGGACAGCUUCGAGACGCGGGACGAGACGCCAGCUCCCCCCCGAGUUCAAAGCAGGACGCACCGAGCUUCUCCGGCCCCAGCUCCCUUAAACCAAACCAAGUGAGUGAGACCGCCCUGUACGGGGUGCCCAUCGUAUGUCUGGUCAUAGACGGUAAGGAGAGACUCUGCCUGGCGCAGAUUUCUAACACCCUGCUGAAAAACUACAGCUACAACGAGAUACACAACCGCCGGGUCGCUUUGGGCAUCACCUGUGUCCAGUGCACCCCCGUCCAGCUGGAGCUCCUGCGGCGCGCCGGAGCCAUGCCCAUCUCCUCCAGGCGCUGCGGCAUGAUCACCAAACGGGAGGCCGAGAGGCUCUGCAAGUCCUUCCUGGGAGCGCACAGCCCCCCAAAGCUACCAGAAAAUUUCGCAUUUGAUGUGACUCACGAUUGCGCCUGGGGCUCCAGGGGCAGCUUCAUCCCCGCCAGAUACAACAGCUCCAGAGCAAAGUGCAUCAAGUGCAGCUUUUGCAACAUGUAUUUCUCCCCAAAUAAAUUCAUUUUCCACUCUCAUCGCACCACAGAGUCCAAGUAUCUGCAGCCGGACGCUGCCAACUUCAAUUCGUGGAGACGCCACCUGAAACUGACGGACAAAAAACAAUCGGAUGACAUUCACCACGCGUGGGAGGAUGUUAAGGCCAUGUUUAACGGGGGGAGUAGAAAGAGGACUCUGCCCAUGAGCGGGUCGGGAAUGUCCUCGUCGCUGAAAUCGCAGGCCUCGUCCAGCCAGGCCCAAACCAGUUCCCCUGAGAUCCCUCACAAAACUUUACGGUGCAACGACAAUCAGGGAAAUAAUAACCUGAGUUUGUCGAGCGGCGCACGGACCUACCCAGUCAUCCCGGUGCCCAGUAAGAGCUUUGGCAUGCUUCAGAAAAUCCCCCCACCUCUGUUCUCCCACCACCCCUAUGGCUUCCCCAGCUAUGGACUGUGUCAGAAAAAGAGCGACGGUUUGCCUGAUGCGAACAAAACCAAUAUCUCUGGUGUGUUUUGGCCUGGACCGAAGGACGCCCUCUAUCCUGCUUUCCCUAUGUUUUGGCCUACAGCCGGCGGCCUACCCAUGCCGCCCUACCCGGGGUCUCCACCCAAACCUCUCCCAGAGCUGCCAGGCGUCCGGCAGGGAGAGCUCGACGUAUCGGACCAAAGCGACCGGGGCGCAAACACAACCAAAGACACUAACCACCACCCUCACCAUCAGCAGGACGGCGGAGAGCGCUGUUCCAGCUCCCAGUCCUCAUCCACCAGGAACGACGAAGACAAGUCCGGGGACGAGACCCCCCAGAGGAAAAUCAACUACAUUUCGGCCUUCAGACCCGUAGUCAAAGACGCGGAGACCAUCGCUAAACUCUACGGCAACCGAGACAGCUACGGCGUGCGCCCUGGCUACCUGUCCCCGGAUUUUAUCAGCGAGAGCUCCAGUUAUAGAUCCGUAUCACCGGAUAGGGACAGCGUGGCGGACGAGGACGACGACCCGGACGUGGAUGUGGAGUCCAACCGAGGACAAGACGAGGAGGAAGCGAUCCAGAUCUCUCCGGGAGAGGAGCACCAUGACUCCCCUGGACCGGACCGGGUGUCCUCUGGUGCUGAGGAGAGCCAGGAGCAGCCUGCCGCCCCCAGCCCCCCCGCAGCAGCAGCAGCAGCAGCAUCACCGGAGCACUCCGCGCACACUGGCUCAUCAGAUGAGGACAGACGGAUGCGUAAUGGCUCUCCUCUUCAUGAAGUGUACGCUCAUGAAAAGGACGGCCACGUGCUCCUGAACGAGCCUUCGUCGUUUGUGUCGAAACACUCGAGCAGAGCCAACGGUGUUCAUCACGUUACCGAAAUCCCAAACCAGCUCAACGUCACGUCCUAUCAGGAGCAAAAGGACAGACAAGCAGAUGGAGCUUUACGCAUCGACAUCAGCGUGCAUGAAAGAGAUUUGGAGAACAUGGCUAAAGAGGAACUGCAGAAGCAGCUUGUGGAACAAGUGGAGUUGAGGAAAAAGUUGGAGAGAGAAUUUCAGCAUUUGAAAGAUAAUUUUCAGGAUCAAAUGAAGCGUGAGCUGUCCUACAGAGAGGAAAUGGUCCAGCAGCUGCAGAUUGUUCGAGACACUUUGUGCAACGAGUUGGACCAAGAGAGAAAGGCUCGUUAUGCAAUACAGCAGAAGCUAAAAGAAGCUCAUGACGCCCUUCACCAUUUCUCCUGCAAGAUGCUCACCCCUCGCCAGUGUACCGGAGCCUGCACCUUCAAACCUCCGUUGCUGCCUCCCUAGUGCCGAGCACUUCCCUGCACCACCCUGCACCACCCUGCACCUGACCCCAGCUCAGCCAAAAAACACGCACACACACACACACACACACACACUGGUCUGCCUCGAGAGCUCUCAUGUGUUCAACUAACACCUGGCUCCCACUUGCUGUAUAGAUACACCACUGAUAGUGAAGACUGAAUGAAGUGAAGAUUCGGAGAAGGUUAUGGCAGCGAACACCCCCCCCCCCCCCCCCCCCAACAAAAGAACUGAACUCUUGACUAAAACAGAUCUUGAACUGAAGUCCAUUCAAAGGAUUGUUGAUCUGAAGCUGCAAAGCUCAACCAAAGUCUACUCUGAAAAGAAAAAAAACAGCACUAUAUACAAUAUAAUUAUAUUUAUAUAAUAUUAUUUAUAUAUGUAUAUAUAUAUAUAUAUACAUAUCACGUGACGAUGUGCAAUGGCUCGUAUAAUUGUGAUAUUAAGUUAAAAAUGUAUCUCAUUUAUUUAGCUUUUGUUGCUUGUUUGAAUGUCUUGAGUUUUUACAUAUAUUUGUUAUUUAUCUUGUCUUUGGUUUCAUUUAUUGUUUAGAAUUUGUAACACUGUGUAUGUCGUCAAGCACUUUAAAUGGGCAACAUUUCUGAAUUUGACCAUGCCGUCCUAUACCAAAUUCCUUCAUCAAAAAUCUUUGUUUAAAAUAGAGUACAUUAUUAUGAGCACUUACUUCAACGGCCGUUCAGGAUUGACAUUAAAUAAUAAUAAUAGUAUUUUCUGUCACACAAACUUUGAAGUGAUAAAACAAACAGUCGAGCCAUUUAUAGAUAUCAUGUACAGUUUAGACUGAGUAUUUUAACACAAAUUUGAUCCCAUCAUUUUCUUUGUUUCAGGGUUUUUUCUAUCAUUACAUGCAUCUGUAAAUCCCAACAGAUUCUACUAAAACCUUUCCUAUCAUCUGAUGGGGUUUUUAUAAGAGGAAGACACUGUAAAAAAGUGUGUGUAAUCUGCCAUUCACACAGCUGCAUUUCAUUUUCUCUCAUUUGUUGUUUUUGGCACAAUCUACCUUCCCCAUUUAUAUAUGUACCCAUGUCAAUAUUAAUAAAAUGUGAAAGCC